CCAAGAAGUGUUGCUAUUAGUGGUACAACAAUCAAUUCUUUACAAAACUAUAUUGAUGAGUUCAUUAUAGAUACAACAGAUUAUUACAGUAAAAGUCUUCAUUCAUCUCAUUGUUCAUCUCCAUUGAUGUAUGUUGAAAAUCUUAUCAAAGAUUGUACUUCAAAAAAUAAAGAACUUAAAAGUAUGACAUCUAUUUCUAUUGACCUAUCUGGAUAUAAGUUCUGUCCAAACUAUCCUCGUUCUUCAAUUAAUAUUACAUCCUUUCAAACUAUUCUUCAUAAUCUUACUAAUUCAACUUGGAUAGAAGAAUGUCAAGAACAUAGUUUUAAAGAUCCAAAUAAUUGUGAAAUUAUGUUUCCAACUAUUGAGUAUAUUGAAAAACGAAUUAACUUAGCAAGUCAAGAAGGUUUAGAUAUUACUUUAUAUCAUAUAGAAUCAGCUCAUCCUAAUAUCUUUGAACUUUUUUAA